CAAAAAUGGUUCGUUCCUUCUUUACAAAAUACAGUGGCACAGCUGCCAUAAGCCGACUUUUUUAAGGACUUUUCUUAUUCUCCCCAAAAAGUAAAGAUCUACCACAUUAAAAUACGGAGUCCACCGGUAGAAAUUAAAAAAAUCUCAUUAAAAAGGUAUUCCUUGAUAUUAGAAAUUAGUGAUAUGUGAAAGAAGUCUUGAGAAAAUGAUUUUUUUUUAAAUUUUAACACCCUUGCGAAAUGAUAUUCAUACAGAAAAAUUAUUUAAGAUGAUGAAUACGCUGUUAAACAUGGGAGACUAUAAUUGGGAACGCACAUUGCUUUCAGUUAAACCCGGUGCAUCUAGCGGUAAUUUCAAAAAGCUUAACAAAUUGCAAAAUUGGAAUCAGUAAGAAGAAGAAGAAUUGUAAUUUCCACAACUGUAGUUAAAAAAGAACCUUCGUAUUUUAAGAAUCUUGAUAUUAGUUUUAAAUGGAUCCUAAAAUUGCCAAAAAGUUAUUUGAAAAUGGGGCGAUUUUUGUACUGCUAAAUGUUCCAGAGGGUACAGAAUUUGGUAUUGAUUUAAAAUCAUGGAAUACUGGAGAGAAAUUUCGUGGAGUUAAAAUGGUGCCACCGGGUAUACAUUACAUUUUUUACAGUUCUGUGAGCAAUACAGGUGAUACAGCACCAAGAACAGGAUUUUUUCACUUUUUUAAGAAGUCCGAAGUGUAUGUGAAAAAGUGGGAUAACAUUACACAAGGUAUCAGCACGGAAGAAGUAUCCAAUAAAGAUGUUGGAUUAACUGAUAAUUUAAAAGUGUUGGACCGUUUCUUAGGGCCAUACCCUUAUGAUAUACUAGAUAGGUGGAAAAUAUUAACUGCAAAUAUUACAGAAAAUUUAUUAAAAAAACUGAAUCCUCUGUGUGGCGAAGUCCGUUCUGCAUUAGAAUUAGAAAACUGUUGUGAUGCUGACAGACCAAGAGGCAGUAGAUCGGAGACUGGGGAGUCAUCAUCUAAGAGAUUGAGAAACUCUCAUGGUGAAGAUGAUUUAUUACCUUACUUACAACCUAAAGAUGGAACAGAAUUGCGGUUAACACAAUUUCCUGAGAAAUGUUAUCCUGAAGGUUCAUCACCAUCUGAAAUUACUACACAUUCUUUGGACUCAACAUAUGUCCUUGAGAAAAUGAUCCAUACUUAUUUACAACCUACCGAUAUAUUAGGAGAACUAGAACUCUGUUAUAUCUGUUUCUUAGUGGGACAUAGUUUGGAGGCAUUUGAGCAAUGGAAAAAAUUAUUUAGUCUUUUAUGUUCCUGUGAGAGAGCUUUAAUUAAAUACCGCAAAAUAUAUGACUUAUUUUUAAAUGUAGUAGAAUUGCAAGUAAAGGAAGUACCUGAAGAAUUUAUAGCAGACAUAGUGACGAAUAAUAAUUUUGUUUAUGCAAAGUUAAGAGAUCUCUUUAGAUUUAUUCGCAACUCUGAUGCUGAUGAUCAACUGAAAUGUAAAGCCGAAAGAUUAAGAAAAUCAUUAAAACAUAGUUGUAAAUGGGAUUUUGGAAAUUUGGACUUGGAAGAAGAAGAUGAAGCUCCUGUUGUUGUUGAAUUAGGCUAGUGUAUAUUGUAUUUUGUAAUGUUGUAUCUAAAAACCACUAACCUAAUAUAAGU